AAGUGCUCCGCUAUCAAUUAAGACCUUAAGUUAAAAUUUAAAACAAAUAAUGAAAACUUCAUUGUUAUUUUAUAUAAUUCUCAUAUUUUUUAUAAUUUUAGUUAAAUCGCAAGUAAUUUCUGGCCAUAGUAUCAUUCAUCUACAGCAUGGAGAUCAUUCAAUAAAUUUGUAUGCACCUCAAAAAGAAUUUUCAACAUUUACCUGCAGGAAAGGACCAUAUGUAUCAUAUCAUACCUACCCUAAUGACUGUACAAAAUUUAUAGAGUGUUAUAACGGAGGCAAGUUUAAAAAGAAUUGUGCUCCCGGUACAGCAUUCGAUAAAGAUCGAGCGAUUUGCGAUCAUAAACAUAAAGUAAAGUGUGACUACUGGAAUACCACCAACUACCAUAUCCCCCAGCCGAAGGAAAUUUUCGAUAUUGCAUGUCCUCAUGGCACUGUAGGAAAAUAUCCUUACUCUUUUCAUAAUACUUAUUACCUGGAAUGCAUACAACCUAAGACUAUUAUAAAAAUAUGUCCCUUUGGUAUGCAAUUCAAUAAAACACAGGGACUAUGUAUAAGAACAGUAGAUGUAGCGCAAACCGAACAACCGAAUAACGAUGACCUGUACAAAUAUUUACACAAAUGCCCCUCCACAAAUCAAGGACAAUUUUACUAUCCAUUUAAUGCCAGAAAAUAUAUAAAAUGUUCUUGGGGUGAGUUAAAAGUAUUAGACUGUGGUCCUUCGGAACUAUUUAGUAUCAGCCAAGGAAUCUGUCUGCCUGAAAAACUGGUACCACCUAAUGAUCAUGUCGUUAUACCAACUCCAACUGAUUCCAAUGGUCCUGCAAAGCCUGAUGAUACAAUAUACCCUAAUCCAACAACAACUGAAUCCAAUGUUCCUGCUAAGCCUGAUAGUACAAUAUACCCUAAACCAACACCAACUGAAUCCAAUGGUCCUGCUAACUCUAACGAUAUAAUCUACUGUCCAAUGGACUUAUUUGGCCUCUUUCCUCAUCCGUUUAGUAAUGAGAAGUACUUGCAAUGUGCUGACGGCCGCUUAUAUGCUGAAUCCUGUCGUACUGGUUUUGUUUAUGAUAUUUUUAGUAAAUUUUGUGAACCAAAUUUAACAAAUUCAUUUACAACAUUACCACGUAUUCAAAAUAAUUACACUGCCGAAUCCACAAUUGAAACAAGAUCUAAUGACAGUUUAACUUUGCUAAAAUGUCCAGCAGAUUUAGUUGGUACCUUUAUACAUCCCAUUUAUUGUACCAAAUACAUAAAGUGCUCCCCAGCUGGCACCAAUAUAGAGACCUGUUCAACUGGUGAAAUUUUUAGUUUUCGUAAAGGUAAAUGCGGUUUGCAGAGUGAGAUGGAUGAAAAUGAUCAUAUUGUGUGCCUGCCAAAAAAUGACAAUAAGGAUACUGAAGAAUCAUUCUCUGUUUCCUUGGGUGUAUAUUGUAAAAAAACGGGAACCAUGAAAUAUCCACAUCCUGAAAGCUGGUAUAAAUAUGUUCAUUGCGAUAAUGGUAAACUGCAUAUCAAAUUCUGUCCAAGAAAUGAGGUAUUCAAUCUGGAAAUUCGUGAAUGUAUGACGAGAAAGAGGCAAUGAAAAUGUAAAAUUAUGAUACUUAAUAGAGACACAUAAUUAUAAUGAUAAUGAGAUAAAUAAAGUAUAAUACAUCAUACAUAAAUAGUUCCUUAUAAUUUACGAUCAAUUGUACAUUUUGCUUUAUGUUAUUCUCAAACAAAACUUAAUUUUCUUUUCCUUUUUUUUUAAUAUAAAAGUACCUAAAUAAGAUGUUUAAAUAUUUUUGUAAUUAUUUGUAGAGUUUAUUUAUUUAUAUUUGUGUUAAUUUAAUCUUAGUUGACAUUCUGAGUAAUUGUUUAUUUAAAACAUAAUAACAACAUUUAGAGUCAAGAAUUAUUUACAUAAAUACGUGUAGAAGUCACAGAAAAUGAAAUUUUAAACACUAAAAUUUAAAUGCAUCUUUCUUAUCAACAAAUUAGUUUGUAAGGUUGGUUUAUGUCGUAUUUACUUGCGC